AUGGAGCCCGCGCAGCAGCAACAGCAGCAGCGAGCGAGAGAAGCGGCGGAGCGCUCCCCGGGCGGGAAGGGCCCGGCGACGGAGAGCGGCGCGGAGGCGGCCGGCGGCCCGCGGAGGAGGCGGGGGGCGGCCGGCGGCUCGGCUCCCCCCGCGGCGCUGGCGGCCCCCGUUGUGUCGGGCGGCGGCUCGCUGCUGCUGCGGCGGGGCCGGCUGAAGAGGAACCUCUCGGCGGCCGGAGCGCCGCUGGGCACCCGCAGCCUGGACAGGAAGGCGCUGCUGCCCAAGCCGUCCCGCCAGCUGCAGCCGCUGCAGCCCCCGGAGCGGGACUGGGUGCGGCGGGACCUGCAGCGGGGCUGCGUGCACGUCUACGAGCGCCACGCCAACCGCUACCUGCGCCCGGUGCUCUGCACCCUGGAGACCACGGCGGCCGAGGUGGCCGCCCGCCUGCAGCAGCCCGGCCCGCGGGGCGGCGGCGUGGUGCGGGUGCCGGGCAAGGCGGGCCCGCAGCCCCCGCCGCCGGAGGAAGGCCCCGCCGCGGGCACGGCCGAGCCGGCGGCCGAAGGGGAGCGGCCCGGGAGCCGGCGGGGGGGCGCCGAGGAGGGCGUCUCGCCGAACCCCGCCGCGCCGCCGGCGGAGCUGUACCUGGCCGGACCGCCGCUGUCGUGCCCCUCCCUGCUGGGAGAGCUGGGGCCGGCGGGCUCCGACUGCGAGAGCUUCAGCCCUAGCGCCGAGAGCGUCUCCGACCGCCUGGACCCCUACAGCAGCGGUGGCGGCGGGGGCUCGUCCUCCUCGGACGAGCUGGAGGCGGAGCCGGCGGCCUCCGACGGCGCGGAGGCAGGUGCGGGGCCGGGCCGGGGCCGCCCGCCGCCCGGAGAGUUGUCCCCGGAGGCGGGGGGCGGCCGGGAGGUGCCCGCGGGGCCGCCCGCGCUGUUCGUGCAGCUGCACGGGGAGACCAGCCGGCGGCUGGAGGGCCACGAGAAGCCGCUGCAGAUCCAGAACGACUACCUCUCGCAGCUGGGCUUCCGGGACCUGUGGCGGGUGCAGGAGGAGGGCAUGGACGCCGAGACCGGCUGCCUCAUCCGCUUCUACGCCGGAAAGCCCCACAGCAUUGGCAGCUCCGAGCGGAUUCAGCUCUCAGGAAUGUACAAUGUUCGAAAAGGGAAAAUACAUUUGCCAGUCAACAGAUGGACAAGACGUCAAGCUAUCCUUUGUGGAACAUGCCUAAUUGUCUCAUCAGUAAAAGAAAGCCAGACGGGAAAGAUGCAUGUCCUCCCUCUAAUUGGUGGCAAAGUGGAAGAAGUGAAAAAGCACCAGCACUGCUUAGCGUUUAGCUCUUCUGGACCUCAAAGCCAGACUUACUACAUUUGUUUUGAUAACUUCACUGAAUAUUUACGAUGGCUUCGACAAGCAUCAAAGGUUGCAUCACAGCGCAUAAGCUCAGUGGAUCUUUCAUGCUGCAGCUUGGAGCAUCUGCCUGCCAACUUGUUUUAUAGCCAAGACCUCACUCAUCUCAAUUUAAAGCAGAACUUCCUGAAGCUAAACCCUAGCCCAUCAGCAAGCAGAGCACUUAGUGAAUUACAAAGAUUCACCAAGUUGAAGAGCCUUAACCUCUCCAAUAAUAAUUUAGGAGACUUCCCACUGGCAGUUUGCAGUAUCCCAACCCUGACGGAGCUCAACGUGUCCUGCAAUGCCCUCAGAAAUGUUCCAGCAGUUGUAGGCGAGAUGCACAACUUGCAGACAUUUUUGCUGGAUGGUAACUUUCUCCAGUCCCUUCCUGAUGAAUUGGAGCAUAUGCAUCAGCUCAGCUAUGUGAGUCUGUCCUUCAACGAAUUCACUGACAUUCCAGGAGUAUUAGAGAAGCUGACUGCUAUGGAUAAACUCUGUAUGUCAGGAAACUGUGUGGAUACACUCAACUUGCAAGUGUUAAAAAGGAUGCCUCAUAUUAAACAUGUGGACCUAAGAUUGAAUUCAAUUAGGAGAUUGGAGGCUGAUGAAAUAGACUUUCUCCACCACGUGACCCAGUUGGACCUCAGAGACAACAAACUUGGAGAGCUGGAUGCAACGAUAUUUAACAAUGUUGAAGUGUUACACUGUGAAAGAAAUCAACUGGUAACUCUGAAAAUCAGUGGAUAUUUUCUCAAAGCCCUGUAUGCUUCCUCAAAUGAACUUGUUCAUCUUGAUGUGUAUCCAGUUCCUAAUUACCUGACUUACAUGGAUGUUUCUAGAAAUAAUCUGGAAAACCUGCCUGAGUGGGUAUGUGACAGCAAAAAACUGGAAGUGUUGGAUGUUGGCCACAAUCGGAUAAGUGAGCUGCCUGCCCGGUUGUUUUACAACAGCAGCUUGCGUAAACUGCUGGCAGGACAUAACUUGUUAGGAAGGCUACCAGAUCGGCUUGAACGAAUGCAAGUGGAGGUCCUGGAUGUGCAACACAACCAGCUCCUUGAGCUGCCAUCUAACCUACUUUUGAAAGCUGACAGCCUGAGAUUUCUUAAUGCCUCCGCCAACAAACUGGAAAUGCUUCCCCCAGCCACUCUUUCUGAGGAGACCCAUAGCAUCUUACAGGAAUUGUAUUUGACCAAUAACAACCUCACGGAUAAAUGUGUACCCUUGCUAACAGGCCAUCCACACCUGAAAAUCUUGCAUAUGGCCUAUAAUCGCCUACAGAGCUUCCCUGCAAGCAAAAUGGCCAAGCUGGAAGAGUUGGAGGAAAUUGAUAUUAGUGGUAAUAAGCUGAAAGCCAUUCCAACAACCAUCAUGAACUGUAGACGCAUGCAUACUGUAAUUGCUCACUCCAACUGCAUUGAAGUCUUCCCAGAAGUCAUGCAGCUUGCUGAAAUAAAGUGUGUGGAUCUAAGCUGCAAUGAACUGAGUGAAAUUACAUUGCCUGAAAACUUGCCUCCAAAACUGCAAGAGCUGGACCUGACUGGAAACCCUAGAUUGGCCUUGGAUCACAAAACCCUUGAGCUGCUGAACAAUAUCCGUUGUUUCAAGAUUGACCAGCCCUCGGCUGGUGAUGCUUCAGGAGCUCCGGCUGUGUGGAGUCACGGUUACACGGAGGCGUCAGGAGUUAAGAACAAGUUGUGUGUGGCAGCCCUGUCAGCCAAUAACUUCUGUGACAACAGAGAGGCACUUUAUGGUGUUUUUGACGGUGACCGCAAUGUGGAAGUACCAUAUCUGUUGCAGUGCACCAUGAGUGACAUCUUGGCAGAAGAGCUACAGAAAACAAAAAAUGAAGAGGAAUAUAUGAUCAACACUUUCAUCGUUAUGCAGAGGAAACUUGGAACAGCUGGACAAAAGCUUGGAGGCUCUGCUGUCCUUUGCCAUAUAAAACAUGAUCCCAUGGACCCUGGUGGAUGCUUCACGUUAACCUCAGCAAAUGUGGGGAAGUGCCAAACUGUACUCUGCCGGAAUGGGAAACCUCUGCCUUUGUCCAGGUGUUAUGUGAUGAGUUGUGAAGAAGAGCUGAAGAGGAUUAAGCAGCAUAAGGCCAUUAUCACAGAGGAUGGCAAAGUGAAUGGUGUGACAGAUUCAACGAGAAUCUUGGGAUACACGUUCCUUCACCCAAGUGUUGUGCCACGCCCUCACGUCCAGUCCAUUACCUUAACUCCACAAGAUGAGUUCUUCAUUCUGGGGAGCAAGGGGCUGUGGGACAGCCUCUCGAUGGAUGAGGCAGUGGAAGCAGUCAGAAACGUGCCUGAUGCACUGGCAGCUGCCAAAAAGCUUUGCACUUUGGCCCAAAGUUACGGCUGCAACGACAGUAUCAGUGCAGUUGUGGUUCAGCUCAAUGUUACGGAGGACAGCUUCUGCUGUUGUGAACUUAAUGGGGUCCCACCGCCCAGCCCAGGCAUUUUCCCCCAGUCUGUCAAUGUGGUCAUCAAGGACAGGCCAGCGGAUGCUCUUGGGAUGCCAUCUUCAAGCAGCGGCAUGGCUUCAGAGAUCAGCAGUGAGAUCUCCACCUCAGAAAUGAGCAGCGAGGUGGGGUCCACAGCUUCCGAUGAACCUCCACAGGUAGCCAUGAACGAGAGCAGCCCGGCCUAUCCUGGGGAGCAGCGCUGCAUGCUACAUCCCGUCUGCCUGUCCAACUCCUUCCAGCGGCAGCUCUCCAGCGCCACGUUCUCCAGCGCCUUCUCCGACAACGGCCUUGACAGCGAUGACGAGGAGCCAAUAGAGGGGGUGUUCACCAACGGCAGCCGUGUGGAAGUGGAGGUGGACAUCCAUUGCAGCCGAGCGAAGGAGAAGCAGCUUCUCCAAGUGCCUGUGGAAGCCAGUGAUGAAGGUAUUGUCAUCAGUGCCAACGAAGAUGAGCCCGGCCUCCCCAAGAAAGCCGAAUAUUCUGCCACAGGCACAAUAGGGCGUCGAAGGGGCAAUGGCUCUGUGGCACCCCAAGAGAGAAGCCAUAACUUGAUUGAAGUUGCAACAGACGCACCGCUCAGAAAAACAGGGGGAUAUUUUGCUGCUCCGGCACAGCCGGACCCAGAUGACCAGUUCAUCAUCCCACCAGAGCUGGAAGAAGAGGUCAAAGAGAUCAUGAAACAGCACCAGGAACAACAACAGCAGCAGCAGCAGCAACAGCAGCAGCAGCAGCGGCAGUACCAGAUGGACCACCUGGCAGACUACUACGAUACGCCACUAUGACCCAUUAUACUGCUCAGAAAUGAACAGGCAAGGAGACUUGAGUGCAGGACCCAGUGGGCGCACGCUACAGCAGGGGUUUCCCUUCUACAUUUCCUUUAUACACUUCCUUUUCUUUAUCCUGCCACUACAGAUAACUGCAGCUUUUCAGUUUGUUAGGUUUAAUAUUCAUUGACUUUCUUCUAGAGAUGCUUUACCAGUAAAGUUUAAGAUAGUUAAUCUUCCCUUAACAUAUCAAAUGUAAAAACAACAACAAAAAAAAUAAUAAAAAGGUUUAAUAUAUUGCUGAGAAACAGAUGAUGAUGUAAUAUUUUUUAAAAUGGCUUGUUUGUUUUGUUUGAAAAGCAGGGCAGUAGCCAGUGCUAAAUGAUUUAAGUAAUAUUGUAAUACUGUAUUUCUUUGAGAGAAAAGGCUUUUUUUGGUCUUGAAAAUGAUAGACAUUUGUAGAAUAUGGAGACUAACUCCUAGGAGUUGCUUUACUCUUUCAGGUGACUUAAGUCACUGAGAUUCACUAAUUUUCUCUGAGAGAACAGUUGAUUGGGAAAUUACUGUAAAUAGCUCAGUGUUGUAUAGUGAUGCUUACAUGUUUUGUAGCCUUGGCAUUAAGGACACAACCUGAAAAACUGACCUUUUUCUUAAGCAAUUCUUUGGGCCGUGGUCGUGGAGCACAGUGAACCGAGCGACUGCGUACAGGUUAGCUAGAGUUAGAUGGUACAGGCCAUUGAAAGAAACCCACUUUGUGCUCUGGUCUCUUUCUAUCCUUUUACAGACACGUUUUAUUUGUGUUCCUUAUUGCUGCCACAACCAGCAUGAUUGUAUAGAGCUCAUUUGCUGUAGAACAUUUACAAACCAAGAGUUAUAUUAAAGCCGAAUGCACAAAUGAACAUGUCAUAAUUUUUGUUAUAAUAAAUAUGAAAUUUACAAACGA